AUGUAUGCGCAUAUACUCCGUCUCUUGAAUAGAAGCAAUUCAAUUCUGAAGAAAGAGAAAUGUAAAACAGCAACGAAGCAAGAUUUUGUAGGAGAGUCGGCUAAUUACCCAGAAUCCAAAGUAAUUUCGAAUAGUAUUGCUGAUCGCCAGUUUACCAAGAAUGUGGACUUGAAACGUUUGCUAAUCCCAAGUUUCCAAGUCAAUGGCGAGGAUGGCGAGUUGAAUAUCAUGGAACUUGUAGCGCCAGUAUUGUACACUUCUCAGCAUAUUGGAUCCGUCGAAAUCCCUAACAAUCUUGCUGGUUUACGUGCGCUGAGAUAAAAUGCAUACGAAGAUCGAAGUUCAUGGAGGUAGAAUGAUUAAAUAUGAGCAUUUCUGUGGCGUUUGUAGUUGCUAUAGUUGCUGUAGUAGUAGUGGUAAUGGAUAGAAAGCACAGUGGGAC